GUGACGUCUCCACGGAGGGCGGGGUCGCGGCGAGCGCGGGGUCUGUCUGCGCGUGCUGAGUGCGAACGUGUUCGUGUUGUGGUUGCUGGCUGCGGCAUGGACUUUGGCUCCGCUCGGCGAGCUGUACUUCAGCUGCUCGGUACUACGGCUCCAGCAGAUGUCCCGGCACUGCUCCACUGGAUGAGAACUACUCGGGAUUUUGACGAAUUCACUCAAGAUAACAAUGACGUUAUGUUGAAAAACAUAGCCGAUGACCUUCGGAGCUGUCUGCCCCCAGAGGCGGUGCUUUGCUCGGAACAGCUAGCCCUUCAGAAACUACGACAGCAGCCAGAACCCACGGUUCACGUUGAUGCAUUCCUGUAUGAUGAAGACUUUAUUGAUUCAUUAUGUGAGGAAGGAAAGAUGAGCAGAAACUACUGUACCGCAUGUGGCUCGCACCAGACGGCGCCCUUGGGCUUUAUUUCCCAUUCCUUCUCACUCAUGGAGCUGAAGUUCCUUUAUCAUCAUGUACUGCCCGACCUGUCCGGAAAGGUCUUGGUUGACAUCGGUUCCAGGCUCGGCACAGUCCUUUAUGGGGGCUACCUCUACAGCUCAGCAGCGCAGCUCUGUGGAGUGGAGCUCAACGGAGAAUUUUGCCAGUUGCAGGAAAUGAUCAUCAAAAAAUAUGAGUUCGGUGACAGAAUAAAGGUGCUCCACGCAGAUGUCUGUACCCAAGGUCCACUGCUGCAGAGUGCUGACGUCAUUGUGAUGAAUAACGUCUUCGAAUAUUUUCUUACUGAGGCUGAACAGGCCAGUGCCUGGGACUACAUCAUCCAUAAUGUCAGAAAACAAGGCUCGCUAUUAGUGACAGUACCAAGUCUCCAAGAGUCUCUCUUAGGUCUUAAGAAGACUGAUGUGCAGCUGUCCUGCUGGGUGGAAGAGAUACCACUGAACCUUGAUGUGUGCCAGCAGUCGGAGACUGACAGAGAAGCUCUGGAACAGAUUCACUUGUACAGGGUUCUCUAGCACGGAAGUGACCUACCUGUGUGUGAUAUGUUGAUUUGCUUUGUGUAACUCAAGUUUUUAUCUGUGAUACUGUGCUGUGAAUAGCUGCGUAUGAUUAUACACAUUCAGUAGUGUAUGCGGAUGUCAGUAACAGUGUAAUAAGAUAAUUAAAGUAUUUA